AUGAAACUCGUGGAAAAUACGAUGACGGACAAGUUUACAACCACGGAGGACGAUAGAGAAGGUGUCUGCCGUAUGAUCGAGGUUGCGGCGGUUGACAGAAACGGGUUCCAGGAAGCGGACGGUGAAGCUGAUGCGUUUCGAGUGGUCUCUGGCGAGGAGCUCAACCUAAUUCCGCCGCUUAACUUCUCAAUGGUCGACAACGGUAUAUUCCGGUCUGGAUUCCCUGAUUCCGCUAACUUUUCCUUUCUCCAAACUCUCGGCCUCCGCUCAAUCAUAUAUUUGUGCCCGGAGCCCUACCCGGAGAGCAACAUCCAGUUCCUCAAAUCCAAUGGAAUUAAGCUUUUCCAGUUUGGCAUUGAAGGCAAAAAGGAACCAUUUGUGAAUAUUCCAGACCAUAAAAUCCGCAAGGCACUCAAAGUACUUCUAGAUGAGAAAAACCAUCCGGUUCUGAUUCAUUGUAAGCGAGGCAAGCAUCGGACUGGUUGCCUUGUCGGGUGCUUGAGAAAGCUCCAGAAAUGGUGUUUGACAUCGAUAUUCGAUGAGUACCAGCGAUUUGCAGCAGCGAAAGCUAGAGUUUCAGAUCAAAGAUUCAUGGAGAUAUUCGACGUUUCCAGCUUCAGUCACAUUCCUAUGUCUUUCUCUUGUUCCAUCAGGUAA